AUGUUAAUAGACCUGAUCGUUUAUCUGGAGCCUCCUAGUGAAAUCAAACAGCAAGUAGAUCAUUUCCUUGAUACAACAGCAGACAGUAUUGGUUUUACGACAGCCAAUAAAUAUAGAUGUCACGUUUCCAUGACAGGUUUCUUUCAGACCGAUCAUGACCAAAUGGACACAGUGAAGGAAAUACUUGAUAAGGUUCUGCAAUAUGACUUUAAAGACAACCCCAAGUUAGAUUGGAACCCUUUGGUCGCCAAGGACAAGCUAACCAAUGAUCCAUAUCACGUGUUACUUCCCGUCUCUGUAUCAGACGAGUAUCGACAAUGUAUGCAAACAUUUGCAAAAGAAGCGCGUUCGAGACUUGAUAUCACAGUACGUCCUAAAAGAAUUGACCAUAUUAGUCUUGCCUACUGGGAUGAACACGAGAAGAAAGACUCGGGUUGGUUGCAAUGGAUCCUGGAGCAUUGUUUUAUAUCAAAGAUCAUUUAG